AUGCAGUGUGCUGUACUUCUCACAUGGUGUGUUGACUUUUCGAUGCCUGGCUACACGACGCAACAGGCACCAAAAGUCACAUCUAUUCUCUCUCUGGCAGAUCCGUACGCUGCAGUCUUCAAAGCCGGCCACGAUUACGCCUAUCCGGAGAUUCCCGAAGACCUCUCAGAGGCCUGCAAACAGUUCAUCCUUCUUUGCUUCAUUCGUAAUCCCGAGGAGCGUGCCACUGCAGCUAGACUACUGGAGGACCCCUUCCUUGAGCAGUGA